UGGACGACGAGCCUCGGAGCGACGCCAGCGACGGCAGCCGAGCCAAACUGACACAGAUGAAGUCAGAGGCUGCGCGGCGGUUAGACGACCUGGAGAAGCUGAUUGACGAGCACCAGGAGAUCGUCGAAGAGCUGAAGCGGACGGAGAGCAGUCAGGGCAGCCUGGUGGACCUGGGCGACAAGUCUCCGUCUCCGCUCCCCGGAUCGAAGGAGACGCUUGGUGAUCGGGGAGACGACCAGGAGACGGAGCCGGAACCGGAGGCGGAGCCUGAGCCCGAGCCGGAGCUGGAGCCCGAGCCUGAGUCAGAGCUGGAGCCUGAGCCGGAGCUGGAGUCGGAGUUGGAACUGGAGCUGGAGCCAGAGCCGGAGCUGGAACCAGAACCAGAGCCGGAACUGGAACCAGGGCUGGAGCCGGAGCCGGACCAGGAGUAGGUUCAGGUGACGGCGGAGAGGGAGUGAAGGCGGGCUGUCUCGGCGGGGCUCUCAGCUCCCGUCAGGGCAGCUCCGGUUCGUCAUGUGCUGCCGCCGGCGCGGCCCGCGCCCCACGCUGUCGCGUCGCGCGUCUCUAGGGAUGUCCGAGCCCAAAGCGCGGCGGGACAGAAGUCCGGGGCCCGCACGCUACGGCGUGGGACGCGGCGCGAGCGAGGCGCGAGGUCGGUGGGGUCCGGGUGGGACGCGGAGGACCAUAGCUGCAUGUUGGCCGUCCCGUGUUGAGAGCGUGUGCAUGGCGUCAGAUAGGGAUGUCUGGCAGUGGGCAUUGUCCGACGGCAGCCCGUGAGCGGCGGCCUGCAUCUGAUGGAAUCGGAUACGGGCGCGUCACGGCGGUUCAAAUCUGGUCCAGAUCCACCUCACCGAUCGCCAAUCAAUGCCAACAUACCACAGUCGCCCGACGCCAGUAUAGACCUGCUUCUCCAAAGAAGAGAACCGUGCGUCAUUGGACACUUCCAGGUUCGUUUCCAAACACAAGGUGCCGAACCCCAAACGACAAUAAGUCGGAUAUCUGAAAUUUUACGCCGUGUCACCUUUUCAAAGCUGCAACAAUUGUUCCAUUUUCAACUGCGUAUCAGAAAAUACGUAGUAGCUAUGCGGCAACCGACCGUCAGAUAUGAGCGGCUCAAGUUACCGACGAUGGGGCGCGCGCUUUUCUCCUCUGGGACGGUAGAGAUGCCCUGCGACGCGGGCGGCCCGACACACAUCCUCCACACCAGUUGUGAUACGACGUAGGUUCACUGCAGCUGCGGAGCCAUGAUCCCGUCUAGACGGUCCUCCGGACGGCUGGCGGGCGGUGACUGUGUCGUCGAAUUCGCCGCGUAGUAUCACCACGAAGCCCUGCCACUUGCGGCGGUUGUCAGCUGAGCGGAUCGCGUCGGAGCUCAGCAGGCCUGCGGGUGUCUCUUCUCGGGAGCGAUCGCACGCCCGCCAGCGGGUGGCGACGCGCUACCCCGCCAGGCUGAGGUUUACUAUUUCAGCCAUUUCAGCGGCAAUAACGACUGCGACGCGUCAGCUGACGUUGCCAUGGCGACACGACGCGUCAAUGACGGAGUUGCGAGCCGCCGUGCAACGCCGCGGCGAGUGAGCGUGCGCCUGUGCAUCCAUACCCGUGUCGAUGCUGUGUAUAUUUUCGAUAGUGACGCUGACACGGCGUCGUCGGAGUGUUUCGGCGCGGGCAGCGGGCGCGCUGUGUUUUGGAGCUCCGAACCCGCACCGAUGCCUGUCUUCCGUCGGUUCCGGUGACGGCGAGCACUGUACUGGCAGUCAGCUCCCGGUCAGCAUUCAUGCUACCCUGUACCAGCGCGUCAUCUAUAUGAACAAUAAAACAUCACAAAACAUU